AUGGCAGCGCAAUCCAACGUUGACGCGCUCGACACGUUUGACGCGGUGAUUGUGGUCGAUAUCCACAUCCGGCAGGGAGGUCCAUCGGCCACACACGCUUACCAGGUCUCGGCGGUUGUCAUUGUGCCCCGGGUGUGCCUAAACAGAUUUCUCUGUACGGCCCUGAGCACCAAGAAACAAUUUUCCUUCUCCGAAGGUACAACCGUGACAUCCAACCUCAGCCACCUCCUCAAAUACCUCAAGAAGACUUGCACAAGUCCAGUCAUCAGCCAAGACAAGGACCGCCUCGAAAUCCUCCGCGCAAUCUGCGACCACCUGUGGACGACAAAACAGCCGUUGGAUUACGAUGUGCUCACUGUGGACGACGGCCAUGCGACAACUGCACUUACAAUUCUCGUGACAAUGAGAGACUGGGAAUACUUCGAGAAGGUAUUGACAGAGUCGCAUGGACACUUCGACGCCAAGGUCUUUUUUGAUUCGGUAAACCACACGUUGAACAACGAUCAAAAUGUGACCUUUGCCCAAAUCGAGACGCAUGUGCGCAGUGCGGUGCUUGCCCUUCCAGCUCUAUCCGACGCCUUUAAUGCCAUCAACACCAUUUGUCCUACAUCAACAAACUCCCAAGCCACGAAGUCGGUUGCUUCGUCUUCAGGUGCUAUUGAUGGCACCAGUCGGGAAGAGUGGGCGCAAACAACCACCGAGAUGCUCGUGGACAAGCUUGGAUCAAAGGCCCUUGGAUACGUGGAUGGAAAGACCAUUGUCACGCAUUGUCUGUCCUACUAUACCAUUGACCAAAUUGAGACACGCUUGGUGCCCAUCCUCAAAAAACAGUCGAAGCACACAGCAUUUACACUCGGAUGCUUGUCUGUUAUUGCCGACAAGGCGUUGACAACACAAUCGCCGGACCUAAACCAGAAGUGGACCGCAAUCUACGAAGAUUUGGCCGAGCCCGUUAUCGCUGAAAUGGACAUUUCGACACUGUCAUCUUCCGCCGGCUUCCAGCAGAAACUGGAUUCACAUCUAGGCAGCCGAUUGCCCUGGGACAACGAGUCAAAGCGGUCCGCGUUCGUCACGGUCCUGGACAGUGAAUAUGUCUCCUGUUUUUACAAGAGCAUCUUUUCAAUAAACACACCUGUCACACGCCGCUUGCGAUUGGAAUUGUCCCGCAAGAUUGCGUCUUUUUUCACCCCAGACGCGAGCGGUGAAUUUUCUGGUGCCACGCCGGACAUGCUUGAAGAAGUCAAAUUUUUGUGGUUGCCUGUCUUAAGACAAAUCUCCGGUACAAUCAAAGACCAUGCCAUCGAGGGCAAUGACGAUACUUCCAACACGGCAGCGGAUGCUGCCUCUCUGCUGCCACCCCACCAACAUAUGUACGUCGCAGUGCUCGAAGCGUACGCCUCCGUUGGUGUUGGUCCGUACCCGAAAUCGGCCCCCGGACUGGCACGGCAACAAAUGCCGCCGUGCUGCACAGACUGUACGUCAGUCAAUACCUUCUUGGCUGACGGCAACAUGAAAACAUAUCGUGUCAAGGUGAACAAAAGUCGGCGCCAGCACAUCCACCAGAGCCUCGAAAAAAAUGGCGUGGACUGUACCCACGAGUCAGAACGUCAUACAACCCCCCACACUCUCGUCCUUACUAAGACGACAAAGCAAUUUACCAAAGCAAGGGCUGAUUGGGCACGUCGGAAAGCGACCGCCAACCAAACCUUGCAGGACUUUUCCCAGACGGACCUACGUCGGAUUUUGGGAACCAGCUACGACGGGAUCAUGUCCAUGGAGAAGCUGACCAAACGGGUCCCGGCGUCGGCCCAGAAGCCAGACGCAAAACGCGUCAGAACAGAUGACGCCGCGGCCGCUCCAGGGACGGGCAGCGGCGCUGCUCGACUACCGCCUCAGCUGGCCUUCCUGAGCACACACCCUUCAUUCCCACUUGCACCUGGGGCCUCGAUUAUGACGGUCCAGCCAACACCGUCGCCCGGUGGGCUGAACGAAGCUGGUCCCUCGAUGACAUCGUCAUUGCCCGCUCGUGGAACCAAACGGAGGGCCGUGUCGGAUGUUGUUGAUCUCACCGAGGUCAGCGAUUAA